CACACUGGCCAAUCAAUGCCACAGAGCUGUGUCACUUUAUGAGAAGGCAGUAGACUAGACAGGGUAACCUGUUUAGUUUUAUUUAUUUACUGACCCAGUUUUAAGUUUAGCACGAAUUUAAAAGCCAGUCAUAUUUUUUUUCUUCACAUCUUCAUCUGACGUAAGGCCGUCGUCAGCUGGUGACGCUGCGUCUCUUUGUUGGCUUAGCACCGGCGACGUUUUGUUGUUAUUUUCGCUGCAGCUGAAAAACAGGCUCGGAAAUAUUGCUUCUAGUGUUGUUCCGCAACCCACAUCUCGCACUCUAAACCUUUAGGUGUGCUCGCAACAAGCUGGUGAACACCCUAGGAAUGGACUCAGACGAGGGUUAUAACUAUGAAUACGACGAGGAGGACGAAUGCAGCGAGGACAGCGCCGAAGAGGAGCCCGAGGACGACACCCUGGAGCUCGGUGAGGUUGAGCUGGUCGAUCCCGUGGUCGCCGUUGGGGACCGAGACGACGGCGGCGACACUGGUGUAGGUGGCCACGGUCCCGGCGAAGAAGCCGAGGAAGACUACCGUUUCGAGGUUUUAACCGCCGAACAGAUCCUUCAGCAUAUGGUGGAGUGUAUCAGGGAGGUCAACGAGGUCAUCCAGAAUCCUGCAACAAUAACACGCAUUCUUCUCAGCCACUUUAACUGGGAUAAAGAAAAGCUUAUGGAAAGAUAUUUUGAUGGUAAUCUGGAUAAGCUCUUCUCCGAGUGUCAUGUCAUCAACCCCAGUAAGAAGCCUCGGAUCCGUCCUCCAAUCAACACCAGAUCGUCGGCACAAGACAUGCCAUGUCAGAUCUGCUAUCUGAAUUUCCCCAACUCGUACUUCACAGGUUUGGAGUGUGGACACAAGUUCUGCAUGCAGUGCUGGGGAGAUUAUCUGACCACCAAAAUCAUAGAGGAAGGAAUGGGACAGACCAUUUCUUGUCCUGCUCAUAGUUGUGACAUUUUGGUUGAUGACAACACAGUCAUGCGCCUCAUAACAGAUUCAAAAGUGAAGUUGAAGUACCAGCAUUUAAUCACAAAUAGUUUUGUAGAGUGCAAUCGACUGUUAAAGUGGUGCCCUGCACCUGACUGCCAUCACGUUAUCAAAGUCCAGUACCCAGAUGCCAAGCCAGUGAAAUGCAAGUGUGGCCGUCAGUUCUGCUUCAAUUGUGGAGAGAAUUGGCACGAUCCUGUGAAGUGUAAGUGGCUGAGAAAAUGGAUUAAAAAAUGUGACGAUGACAGUGAAACUUCAAACUGGAUCGCUGCAAAUACCAAGGAGUGUCCAAAAUGCCAUGUGACCAUUGAGAAAGAUGGUGGCUGCAAUCACAUGGUUUGUCGGAACCAGAACUGCAAAGCUGAGUUCUGUUGGGUCUGUCUGGGCCCAUGGGAACCUCACGGCUCAGCCUGGUACAACUGCAACCGCUAUAAUGAAGACGACGCCAAGGCUGCCAGAGACGCUCAAGAGCGCUCCAGGGCAGCCUUGCAGAGGUACCUGUUCUACUGCAACCGCUACAUGAACCACAUGCAGAGUCUGCGCUUUGAGCACAAGCUCUACGCUCAGGUGAAGCAGAAGAUGGAGGAGAUGCAGCACCACAACAUGUCCUGGAUUGAGGUGCAGUUCCUGAAGAAGGCCGUCGAUGUGCUGUGCCAGUGUCGCUCCACGCUCAUGUUCACUUACGUCUUUGCCUUCUACCUCAAGAAGAACAACCAGUCCAUUAUUUUUGAGAACAACCAGGCGGACCUGGAAAACGCCACAGAGGUGUUGUCUGGCUACCUAGAGCGAGACAUCUCCCAGGAUUCCUUGCAGGACAUCAAGCAGAAAGUACAAGAUAAGUACAGAUACUGUGAGAGCAGGCGAAGAGUGCUGCUACAGCAUGUACAUGAAGGCUAUGAGAAGGACCUGUGGGAGUACAUUGAGGAUUGAGGACACGUCCCAAAGCAACGGACUAUUGAGUAUCUUGACAAACUAGAGCGCUGAUGCAAUUUAACAGGGCAGCACGGGCCUUCUGCCGCCUCUCCUCUGGCAACCAACCACUUUUGCAUCUUUUUUUCCCCCCAGGAUUUGUUUAACAAAAAUCUUAAGAUAAAUUAUAUUUAAAGAAAGUGUAGAGUAAUAAAAGUGUACUACAGUAUUGUUAGGAACAGAGUGGAGUCUUGAGAAAGCAGAAAAAUCCAUUUUUAACAAAUAUAUCUUUUGGCCUGUAUUGUAAUCCUCCUCUAAACUAUUUUAUUUUCUUAGUUUUAUUUUUAUUUCUUUUUUUUCUGCUUGUGAACCUUUUUCCAUUUUGAGUUUAACUUUUUUUUUUUUGUUGUUGUUUUUCCAUAAGUGUGAAGAUGUUUUCAACACAGCUUUAAUUGUCCUGGCCAUGUCUGCAAUAUUUGGUGAAAGCCUUGUCAGGUGGCUGAAUAUUGGUGGGCUGAUUGUAAAGGGGCAAAGACAUUUCAGGGGGGAAAAAGAAGAAAAACAUAUAAAAAAAUUUAAAAAGAAGAAGAAGAAGAAGAAAAACAAAACAGCAAGUCUGUAUUUUUCAAUUUGUAAAUAGUCCAUAUGCAUGGAAGUUAAAAGAGCAAGAGUGGCACGUGUUUGCAUAAUUUUGAAAUAUUUAUUCUUUACCAAUCUUUGAAAAACAAGGGGUGUGCGUUUGCCAUGUAGGUUGUUUGUUUACUCGCUCCAUAAAACGUUGGAGUCUGGAGACAUUGGCAAUAAGACAUUUGUCCCAUCAUCCUCUGUCUUUUACGAUCAGUGCACAAGUUACACUUUAGCAGUAACUCCAAACGAGGACUCAAAGUACUUAUUUUCGGCGAUCAGAUAAAGGACUCUGAAAGCACAUAGUCAGGACAGCAAACAUGAAGCAGUAAAUGUUUUUUUGUUUUGUUUUUUAAAGCAGGUCGAAGGUAAAGUAGGAAGUAACGGCCCUCCAUCCUUCUCUAACCUUUUGCCAUAMCCUCUUAGUUGUUUUUAGAGAUGUUCUAAUUAUUUGCAAGAGCCAAACUGAGUGACAUUCACUCGUUUUUUGUUUUUCUUGUUUUCCUGUUGUGGCUUGAGGAAGUCCUCUCUAAAGCUCGGCUCGCACUUUUGGGGACAGAACGAGGUUGGUAGAAUGUACUGACAGCACAGCUUUUUUUUUUUUCUAAUGCUACAACUUUGGGGGCCCCGCCCCUGUUAAAGAGGGGCGGGCCUUUGACAUCACUCGUGCAGGUAACGCUUAGACAGCGGGAGGCAGAAAGUUGCUCUUUGAAGAGAUCUCUUGUUGCCUCACUUAUGAGACUGAACUUGGCUUUAAACCAGGAUGCGCAGAUAGACUGGAGUCAUCCAAAAGCAGAUGAGGAAUAUAGGGUAARCAUCUAAAAGGCCGUAGAGGUGUUUUGUAAUGCUGCAUUAAAAGACAGUGUUUUUGUUUUUUUCAUACGUGGGUUGAGGUUUCAACGUUGAAAUGUCAGUGCCCCUCCAGGGUUUCACCUUGUUCUGUGUGAUGGCUGCUCUGGUUGUCAAGCUCUCUGCUCAUAAAAUGCUGGUUCAUGUCUUCACAGGGUUGACUGGAGGGAGGGGGGCAUGAUUACUGCAGGCACUGAUGCAAGUCAGAAAGGAUGACACCAAAGUGUCAGCCAUCAUUAAAAUACAUCUUUUGCCCUAGUUUCAGAUCUUUGGGAGAAUUCUAUCCCAAAUGCUUCUUAUGUGUUCCAACUUAUUUUAUCCUAGCAAAUUAUAAACUGUAUUGUUUAUUUGAAUAAAUGUCAUAAGAAAUCUCA